AUAAAGUUAUUUUUUACUUUAAAAUUUGCAUUAGGUGCCUACGAAAAGCAGUAAACGCAGAUAUUAACCGGUUCUGUAAAGAAGUGCUUGAGUUGCUAGGUGACUGUUCUGACGCCGGAAGUGCGUGGCUACGGAAGACAUGGCGAACGAGAGGGGAACAGCUGUGUCGGCUCCCUUUCAGUAUAUUUUACGAUAUUAUUCGUUAUUAAUCCUUGCUGUUUCAUCCUUUAAAUUCACUUGGGCUUCAGAGGACGAUACAUUUCGUGCCGGACAGUCGAUAUUGUCUCCGGUGGCUGCAGCAUCACGGGAUGUUCGAUACCUCCUAUAUGACAUAAAUCCACCCGAGGGCUUCAAUCUUCGCCGAGAUGUGUACAUUCGCAUGGCCUCUUUGCUGAAGACACUGAGGAAAGAGGGCGACUGGGUGCUAGUGCUGCCUCCAUGGGGUCGUCUUUAUCACUGGCAGAGCCCUGAUAUACAUCAGGUUCGCAUCCCUUGGGGGGAAUUCUUCAGCAUAACCAGCCUGCAGGCUAACAUACCAGUCAUUGAGUAUGAGGAGUUUAUUGCUGAGUCUGGGGGUCCCUUCAUUGACCAGAUCCUUGUGCUACAGAGCUAUGCCGAGGGCUGGACAGAUGGGAAAUGGGAGGAGAAAGUGGAUGAACGACCAUGCAUAGAAAAGCUGAUGUACUCAAAAGACAAACAGGGUUAUUACAGAGGUUGGUUUUGGGGUUAUGAGGAGACCAGAGCAUUAAAUGUCACCUGCUUAUCUGCUCAGGGACAUGCCUCUAUUUUGGCUCCUGUCUUACAAAAUAACUUAACCACCACGUCAGUAAUGCUGGACAGAGCUGAAACUGUCCUCCAUGAUCACUAUGCCGGGAAGGACUACUGGGAUACACGGCGAAGUAUGGUGUUUGCCAAACACUUGCGUAUCAUAGGAGACGAGUUUAGGGCCAAGUAUCUCAACUCCACAGAUAAACAGGACCAGACUCCGUACAACGAAGACUGGACCCGAAUGAAAAACAGGCUGGGCAGUGCUAAGGGAGGCCCUUACCUGGGAGUCCACUUGCGUAGGAAGGACUUCAUCUGGGGGCACAGAGAAGAUGUGCCCAGCCUCAAAGGAGCAGUGAAGAAGAUCCGUAGUCUCAUGAAGAAGCACAAGCUUCAACAAGUCUUUGUUGCCACAGAUGCAGACGGAGAAGAGCUAACUAAACUGAAAAGGAUGCUACCUGAGAUGAUACGAUACGAGCCCACCUGGGAGGACCUGGAGCUCCUGAAGGAUGGAGGGGUGGCCAUCAUAGACCAGUGGAUUUGUGCUCAUUCUAGGUAUUUCAUUGGGACAUCAGUUUCAACGUUCUCUUUCAGAAUACACGAGGAAAGGGAGAUCCUAGGUUUCGAUCCUAAAACCACCUAUAACCGAUUCUGUGGCGACGAUGAGAAAGAAUGUGAACAACCAACACACUGGAAAAUUGUCUACUGAUCACACAGAAAACUGUUUUAAUAAUGCUGGUUAUACAGACUGUAACUGAUUUCUCAGAUUUAAGAGGAUUUUCUAUUUUUAUUUUAAUGUUUUUGCCGACUAUUUCGAAAAUACAAUCUUAGAAAGGAAUAGUUUGCCCAAAAAUGAAAUUUCAUGAAUAUUUACUCAUUUUCAAGUCAUCCAAGAUGUGGAAGAAUUUGUUUCUUCAUCAGAAAAGAUCAGGAAAAAUGUAGCAUUAUUUCACGUGUUCACCAGUGGCUCCUCUGCAUCAAAUGGGUGCCGUCAGAAUAAGUUCAAAGAGCUGAUUAUCACAUCACAUCACAGUAAUGCACAAGAAAUCCACACAUGUCCAGUAUAUCCAGUAUUAAAACUUUGUGAAGAAAGAAGUUUUUUGUAAGUAAAAAAGAUGUCUUUAAGAUGUUUUUAACUUCUAACUGUUGUUCACAGCAAAAAAACAUCUUCUAUCCACAAUAUUGCUUUCUCCAAUGAAAUCAUGGAUGGCCUGAGGGUGAAUCAUUUUUCAGCAAAUUUUCAUUUAAGGGUGUACUUGUCUAAAGGCAGAGCCAAUGGCUUGUCAUUACAUAACAAAUUAGGCCUUUGUAAGUUAAGGAAGGUAAAGUGAGACAUAAGUGAAAUAUAUCAGAUGGCUUUUAUCUCAUAUCCUGUGUUAGAUGUGGAAUUUGUGUAUGCUGCUCCUCUGUUCUCACGCUUAUCUGAUUCGGGUUGUUGAUCCUCAGGAUGAACUGUGUAUGACACUGUGAUCAAACCUUUUAUGAAAAUGGUCAACAUGAUUUUCACCCCGUUCCUGUCUUUGAAGUGCUACUUGACAACUAUUUUUGUCUCAAAGAAAAAUUAUGCCUUUGACAAACAACAUGUAUGAAAAUGCAGUGAUAGUGUUUAUUUGAUGUUUCUGUCAGUAUUGUGCCUGUCUGUUAUUUGGACAAACAAAAAUAGUGCUUUCCCAGACUUUGCCAUACAGUGUAUUUACAUUCAGUAUUGUUUUUAAUCCUUCCGUAAAAUGAGUCAAAAAUUUCCGGGAGGUGUGACAAAGCAUGUUAUCAAAAAUUGCAGUCUGAAAGAUAAGCCUCCGGGACUCGAUGACAAGCAGUUGGAGUCUUUUGUUUUGUAUAUUUUUAAUGUUGUUCAGAAAUGUACAUUUAUGUUCACCACUACCAUUCAAAGAUGUACUGUAUAUUAAUCUGUGCCGUUUUUAUAUAAACGUUUUCUUGAA